AGUUGCUAGUGCAUGCUCUCUCGUUCUCCUUCCUUUGAGACUCUGAGCAUUGAGGUUUCCAUUUCUUCGAUUUUAGGGAUUUCGAUUCGGAUUUCGUUGUUCCGGUAGUAAUGGCGGAGGAAUCGGAGAGUACGCCGGUUCCGACGAUGGAAUCGGUGAUGGAGAAGAUCAGGGAGAAGAUUCAGGCGCACGAUUCAUCAUCUUCUGAUUCCGCCUUGGAUAGAGAGAAAUCGGCUUCAUCGUCCUCCGUGAAGGCCAAGAUUUACCGGUUGUUUGGUAGAGAGAGACCGGUACACCAAGUUCUCGGAGGAGGAAAGCCUGCUGAUGUGUUCUUGUGGAGGAACAAGAAGAUUUCAGCUGGCGUGCUUGGUGCAGCAACUGUAGUCUGGGUUCUUUUUGAAUUAAUUGAAUAUCACCUGCUUACGCUUGUGUGUCACAUUUUGAUACUUGCACUUGCACUGAUGUUCCUUUGGUCCAAUGCCCAUACUUUCAUCAACAAGACUCGACCCCACAUUCCAGAAGUUCAUUUGCCUGAAGAACCAUUCCUGGAGGUUGCUGCUGCCUUGAGGAUGGAGAUAAAUUAUGCUUUUGCUGUCCUGCAUGAUAUUGCAUCUGGAAGAGAUUUGAAGAAAUUCCUCUUGGUUAUGGUGGGACUGUGGAUCUUGUCCAUUGGAGGAACCUGGUGCAACUUCUUGACCUUGUUUUUCAUAGUUUUUGUCUUGCUGCAUACCGUGCCUGUACUCUAUGAGAAGUAUGAGGACAAGGUUGACCCAUUUGCAGAGAAGGCAAUGGUCGAGUUGAAAAAGCAAUAUGUUGUUUUUGAUGCUAAGGUUCUUAGUAAGAUUCCAAAUGUUCCCUUGAAGGCCAAAAAGGUUUAGAGGCUGUGGUGUCUUUCUUCCCGGCAUAUCUUGAUAGUUUUGGUUCUGUUGCUAACUUGUUAUCUCUAUUCUCUAUCCAUAUUAAACUUUAUAUGCGACUUUAGUUUGGCCGGUAACCGUUCGAAUGUGUUUUGGCUUGCAUUUAAGAUGGAUUUUUCUCAUUACAAAUGCAGUAGGGAUUUGGCAUCUGUGUUUUAUUACGGUGAGCUCUCCAUAGGGCAUUUCGUUUGCCCUUUUUUGUUGCCACGGCCUACGGCAUUUAUGUUUAUGGUCAUAAAUUGGUUUGCGUUGC